UCCCCAGCGCCGCGUUCCCAAAGUCGCCGCUCCCGACUCUAAGAUGGCGGAGCGCCGCUGUCGCGAAGUGAGGUUGGUCUGCGUCACGUGACAGACAGGACGGGGGUGUGUAUCCCCGUCGUGGGUCCCGGCGGAAGAGUGGAGGGAGUCGGCUGAAAGGUCGCAGCUGGAAUAGAAGGGAAAACAAAACGGCGCAGCCUGGCGCUGGAGAACCGGAGACACGCCAGUCACCACGGAUACAGCUGGAGCCAACGCGGCGGCCGGGGCGCAGCAACCUUCGCUGCCUCCGCCGCCUCCUCCAACGAGGAUGUCGCGCAGGAAGAGAAAUGCGGGUAGCAGUUCUGACGGAACCGAAGACUCUGAUUUCUCUACCGAUCCGGAACACACAGACAGUUCAGAAAGUGAUGGAAUGACGCGCCAGUCAGCACGGGUGACCCGCUCCUCGGCCAGGCUCAGCCAGAGCUCUCAGGAUUCCAGUCCAGUUCGUAAUCCCCCAUCAUUUGGAGCAGAAGAACCUGUUUAUUCUACCAGGAGGGUAACCCGCAGUCAGCAGCAGCCUGCACCCGUGACACCCAAAAAAUAUCCACUCCGGCAGACGCGCUCAUCUGGAUCUGAAACGGAGCAAGUGGUUGACUUUUCUGAUAGAGACACUAAAAAUGCUGCUGACCACGAUGAGUCCCCACCCCGCACACCAACCGGGAACGCCCCGUCCUCAGAGUCUGACAUCGAUAUCUCCAGCCCCAACAUGUCUCACGACGAGAGCAUUGCCAAGGAUAUGUCCAUGAAGGAUUCUGGGAGUGACCUGUCUCAUCGCCCAAAACGCCGUCGCUUCCACGAAAGCUACAACUUCAACAUGAAGUGUCCCACCCCUGGCUGCAAUUCUCUAGGACACCUGACAGGGAAACAUGAGAGACACUUCUCAAUAUCUGGAUGUCCGCUGUAUCAUAACCUUUCAGCUGAUGAGUGCAAGGUGAGAGCGCAGAGCCGUGACAAGCAAGUAGAGGAAAGGAUGUUGUCCCACCGGCAAGAUGACAAUAACCGGCAUGCCACCAGACACCAGGCACCAACCGAGAGACAGCUGAGAUACAAAGAGAAAGUAGCAGAGAUGAGGAAGAAGAGGAACUCAGGGCUGACAAAGGAGCAGAAGGAAAAAUAUAUGGAACACCGGCAGACCUACGGCAGUACCCGAGAACCCCUCUUAGAGAACUUGACCAGUGAAUACGACCUUGAGCUUUUCCGCCGAGCGCAAGCCAGAGCCUCCGAGGACUUGGAAAAACUGCGACUUCAGGGCCAGAUCACAGAGGGCAGCAACAUGAUCAAGACCAUUGCCUUCGGCCGCUACGAGCUGGACACCUGGUACCAUUCUCCCUACCCGGAGGAGUACGCACGGCUGGGUCGUCUCUACAUGUGCGAGUUCUGCCUCAAGUACAUGAAGAGCCAGACAAUACUACGCAGGCACAUGGCCAAAUGUGUCUGGAAGCAUCCUCCUGGGGAUGAGAUUUACCGUAAGGGCUCCAUUUCGGUGUUUGAAGUAGACGGGAAGAAGAACAAGAUUUACUGCCAGAACUUGUGCCUUCUGGCAAAGCUCUUCUUGGACCACAAGACUCUGUAUUACGACGUUGAGCCUUUUCUCUUCUAUGUCAUGACAGAAGCAGACAACACUGGCUGCCACCUCAUAGGCUACUUUUCCAAGGAGAAGAAUUCGUUCCUCAACUACAACGUUUCCUGCAUCCUGACAAUGCCUCAGUACAUGAGACAGGGUUAUGGCAAAAUGCUUAUCGACUUCAGCUAUUUACUUUCCAAAGUGGAGGAGAAAGUUGGCUCCCCGGAACGGCCACUUUCAGACCUGGGCCUUAUCAGCUACCGUAGCUAUUGGAAGGAGGUCCUUCUUCGGUAUUUGCAUAACUUCCAAGGCAAAGAAAUCUCUAUCAAAGAGAUCAGCCAGGAGACUGCUGUCAACCCUGUCGACAUCGUUAGCACCCUACAAGCUCUUCAGAUGCUUAAGUACUGGAAGGGCAAACACCUGGUCUUAAAGAGACAGGAUCUUAUUGACGAGUGGAUAGCCAAAGAGGCCAAAAGGUCCAACAGCAAUAAAAUCAUGGAUCCCAGCUGUUUGAAAUGGACCCCACCCAAAGGAACUUAAUGGACCCACUUCUCCAGGAAGCGUGGAUGGCCCCCUCUCCCACCUGCCGCCACCACAGUUCCCUUUCCCAGCAUUGAGACCUGCCCUGUGGGAUCAGUGGAUGUGUCGUUGAUACCAGAACCCCCCUCUUCCACAUGCUCCCCUGGUUGCCCUGUUCUGUUUGGGGCCACUGGACCCCAGUCCCCUUGUACACAACAGAAGAUCCUGCUUCGGAGGGAUUUCCUUACUCACAGGCCUUGGGCGAGGUUGCCAAGAUCAGAGGGCUUUGUGCACGGCGCUGAGGCAGUCUCGAGCCAGACAUGCUCACUGGCAUUGUUCUCUUCCACCCACUUGAGCCACGAAGGUCAUCUUUGCCCACAGCAGGAAGUGUUUUGCAUCUCAGCACCUUACCGGUUCCAGCCUCCUUGCUUUCACAGCCACGUUGCCCUCCCACCAGUCUCUCAGGCAGCAGCGGAAAGAACUCAACAUCCAUCGGGCUGCCUCAGGAUAUGCAACAUGCAGCAGUUGUCGGCAAGUCUGAGCAUGGCCUGGAUCUUGUCACAGAGAGCCAUUGCAGCAGUCGUCCGUGCCACAUGGUUCUUUUUCUCCCCCUCGACACACAGUGCUUCGAAAGGCUCUGAUUUCAGAGUUGAGGGUCAGAAAACCCUGCAAGAAAGAACUGCAAGGUCACUGUUCCUGUUCUGUUCCUUUCUGUUUUGCAUUGUUCUUUUCUGGUCAGACUUUAGUUGGGCCAUCUCACUGGGGGGGGGCAGGGGGUUGCAGAGCUGAUUCCCCAGAAGUGUGUGUGUUCGCGUGGCACAUCCUGGUGCUUGAUGUGCCGCUGCACCUGCUUGUACUUGCAGGGCCUCAUUGGAAUGGAGGGAAGCCACCACCUGACAAGCGUUCAUGUUGAGCAUAGUCCCCAUUUGAUAGCCAUUCUGUCCAUCUGCUUUAGAAGAAUGUGGUUGAUUUUCUUUUUUUCACUGCGGGGAGAGAGUCUCCAGAUCAGCCCUCAGCACAGUGCCUUCUGCCUGGGCCUUUCUCACUCUUGUUUGGAUUUCCUCCUGCUCCAAAGAAAGCUGCAGCCCAAGGGAAAGGUGUCUUCAGCAGCAUCAAUUCGGCAGCAGCUGCUGGAGAAGCCGUGGACCAAAGGCUGCCCCAGCCUCAGCCCGUUCACCCGCAGCAAACUUGCUGUCCAGACCCAGCCCUGCUUCUCACUUGUGGAGAGGCCACCCAAUCUGGGGUAGCUUGAGCUGCUGGCUGCAGGGUUAAAUCUCCACCUGGGGGCAUUUGGGGCAGCAGCUGUGUUGGCUUGGCUGCAGACCUGCAUUCUUUUUUAAAAUUUCUGCAGCCCCUCUUCUGCUGCUGGUACCAGCCAUCCAGGGCCAGUGGCUUGUUCUCCGUCACAGCCUCGAUCCACCUGAUCAUUGGGUACUUCAGAGAGCGAUCCGUAGGGAAAUUGGGUCCAGCAGCGUAUUUGCCACACACCACGUGCAAGGGUGCCGAGAACCCCCAAAGCUACUGAAGGCAGAUGGUCAGAAAUUAUCCCAGGUAUUUGUAAAAUGGCUUCCUCUAUAGAAGCUGCAUGGCACUCGUGUUCAGAUGUCCCCGUAAUGUGGGGCAUAUCCGAAAAACCCUGUUUCGACCCCAUUCCUGAAUGCAAGCAGUUGGUUGCAUGUAGAUAUUAGUCAGGAGACAGUGCCACCCCUUAGAAGAUUUUGCAGGAAGUUGAAUCAGAAACAGGCCUGUGAAUGCAACUGGCAUUGUAUGGCUGGGUUGGAGCAUCAUUUUGGCACUUUUCAGGGCAGGACUUCUGACCCCAUUCCUCAGGGCAUUUUAGCUCACUAAAACAGGGUGAAACCAUCCCCUGCCAGCACCGUACUCCUGCCCCUUAUCCAGACUUGGGAAAUCACUAAUUCUGUUUAUGUGAGCCUUCCAGUUGCCCAUGUGAACUUCUGGGCGGCUACUGAUAACAGGGGUCUGACCUGAGGUUUGGUUUGGAUUGCCUUAAGACAACAUGUGCACACAUACAUGUCUUCACCCUUUAGUAGCCACUGUGAACAAGGAUGGGGGGAAUGCACCUUCUGUAAUGUUGGCAUUUGGUGAAAUCCCGUCUUCCCCAUCUCUCCUGGGCGGGUGGGGACAUGAAAGCAGCCCCUCCCACCAUUUCUUCACCCUCCCAAGUCUGACAUGGUUUCCAGCAAAAGAUAAGCUUAGGGCAUCCAAUGCAUCCUCCUUUUUUCAAGCUAGCCUUUAAAAAACCGAAAGGCCUCCUUGUCAGCGCUUGGAACAAGACAAAACUGUAUGUAGUUCGAAGGCAAAUCUUCCUGCACCAGAUCUCUCUUUUCUGCAAAUGGUCCUGUGGCUGACCCAUGUGUUUCUGUUGUCUUUCCACUGGCGUUCUGAAAUCUGCCGAAGUUUCUAUUUCCGUGCUCGUUAUCUGGCAACUGUCACUCACCCUCGGCUUCUAGGUUAUAACCAACGGUGGGAUGGCGUGGGCGUGGGGAGGCUGGCUGCCUCCGUACAGAAGCAGAUCUCUCCAUUCCCUGGAUAUGUUAGAAUAUGCUACCAGUGUAUCUAUUUCUCAAUAAAGCAUGUUCUCUCCUCUGA